GGAAAACACAGGUACUCAGAAAACAUCGUGUCUGUCCAUAGCAAUUGUGCAAAUCGUCGUCCAAAUUUCCCAGAGUCGAGGGACCAGCCUUGGUGUGCAUCCAGCAGCAUCCCCAGUGGAUUGCCUGGAAUAAUGAGUUUGGAAAUUGUAAUGAGAUGAGAAGAAAAACUGACGGAAUUCCUGGGAAUGGGAAGAAAUAGUUUAGGUUUUGACUACAAGUGGAAGACAGCUCUUUGAAAUACAGGAUGGCCACUUGUCAGCUUUUAAGUAGGCCGAAGAAUAAGUCCUCUAAGGAAUUUCUGUUGUUCCCCAACAAAAUCACUACUAAGCAGCAGUCUGUGGUGCUGGUGAAAAGACUUCUGGCCAUCUCUGUCUCCUGCAUAACAUACCUGAGAGGGCUGUUCCCUGAGAGUUCUUAUGGAACACACUAUUUAGAUGACCUCUGUCUAAAAAUUCUACGAGAAGAUAAAAGCUGUCUGGGAUCGUUUCAGAUAGUCAAGUGGAUUCAAGGUUGUUUUGAUGCUUUGGAGAAGCAGUAUCUACAUGUUGCUGUCCUAGCAAUGUACACCAAUCCCGAGGAACCGGAGACAGUGACUGAAUUGUAUCAAUUCAAGUUCAAGUACAAACAGGAGGUACCCGAGAUGGACAUCAUCAGCAACAGGACGAACUCUGUGAAUGGAGUGUGCAGCGAGGACAUGAAGCAAGCCUGCAGCCUCCUGAUCCGUAAGCUGUACCUGCUAAUGCAGAACCUGGGCCCACUUCCCAAUGACAUUUCCCUGACCAUGAAGCUCCUCUAUUACAAUGAUGUGACUCCUGAUGAUUACCAGCCACCUGGCUUUAAGAAAGAUGACAACCCUGGGGACCUGUUGUUUGAUGGUGAUCCUGUCAACUUGAAACUAGGGUCAGUCUCCACUGGGUUCCACACCUUGAAGGUGAAAGUAACAACUGAAAACAAAAGAAUGGGGAGAGUUGAAAGCAACCUGAUCCAGAAGAAUAGCCCUACUGAGAUCUCCCAUCAAGGGCUAGACUGCGAUGAAGAGGAAGAGGAGGGAAGCACUAAGAACAACCCUCUCUCUGUCAGAGCAGAGUCAGAUGAGCAUGGAAAGGAUGGAAAGGACAGAAAUUAUACCCAUCCAGGCCUGGGAACUGAAGCAUCUUCUUUUUGCCUUCAAGAUACAGGUGGAAAGGGAAAGAUGGAAAUAAAAGAGAUGGGCAGGCGGCCUUCCUCACAGGCAUCUCAGCAGCUUGUGGUUACCACCAGAUUCUAAGAAAAGUCUUUCCACUGCAGAUUGGAAUCAUCUAAGCCACUUACACGUAUCCUUUUAUUUAUUGGUGAUUCUGCUCGGCCAGCUAAAGGUAAAAAAAAACACCUCUUUCUUGUAUUUCAGGCGCAUUUCUAGUUAACACUCAUUAACUGACUUCAUGUAUGUUACACAUCGUCAACCUGAUUCACUACUGACAUAAAACAGAAGCAAUUCGUUAGUAACGGUCCCCUGCCAAUUAGUGAACUAAAUUACGUUUGAACAAUUUUCUUCAAAGAUUCUCCUCCUCCCCCCAGUGCAUCAUUUGGCAAGUCCCCUGCAUGCUUACAGUAAUUAUGUGCGUGCAGUGAAAGGAGACUGUUACCUCUUCAAGCAAAAUAAAUGAAUAUGUGAUCUUUGUGUUAAUAUAACAAUGAGUAAUACAAAGAAUCACAGACAUCCUCCCUUUGAUCUGCCAGAGAUACAAACAGCAAUUAAGAUGACAGGCCGUUUUAAAACCCUCAAUAUUGGGAAGGUUCCGUGAGGGGAAAGCGAUUGUUGUGUAGGGUUUUCAGACAACUGGUGAAGAAGGGGAGCCCUUCUUGUCCCUGGUGACCGCAGGCCUUUGGGCAGACGUGCUGUGGGUAUCCUGGCACCUGCCAAGCCACCAACAGGUUGGUGGUGCUUCUAAAAAUCGUUCCCUCUUUCUGGGAUAGUGUUUAACAAGAAGAGUGGUAUCUCUGUUUCAAAUUGAAAGUCAAACUGAAGUCAAACGGAAAAUGUUCAGCAUUGUCUCAACCACAUCCUUAAAUAUAUUGGCCGCAGCGAGAAAAUAAGCCCGAGCUCUGGUGCCAUGCAGCGAUGGUGGGGACAGGUGUCAGGUUGGGUUUAAUGUGAAAGCUGAGGAUUCUUUUGGGAUUUCCAGUGCCGCGUGAGAUCUAGGAAAUCAGCUCAUCUGACUUUCGGGUUUGGAAGGAGCGCAGAAAGAAGAAAUGAAACAUGACACGAGUAGGAGAAACGAAGACACUUUCACACUUUUAAAAAGCGUGAGAGUUAGGAGCUUUGACAUUGAUUUCAGUGGAGCACGGGAGAGCCUCUGCCCGCAGUGAUACCCACAAAGCACAAAUCAUACGUUGUCAGCACUGCCCAAAUGAGAUGGGCUAUCAUUUUUUCCCCACUGGAUUUCUGUAGCCAUACCCUUGAAUUAUCUGACUAUCCCUGCUAUAAAUGGGAUUGGAAACCAGCUGGUAGUUUUCACGAGUCCAGUUCUAAUAAUGAACCUUUAUCUGAAGAACUGUUCCUUCAGGUUGUUCUCUCUUGGCUGAGACUUUAAUUUUCAGACUUUCUGCAUUUUUCCUCUUUAGUCAGCAGGUAAAGUAUGUAGUCGUGGCUGCCGGAGCCGAGUGCCUGCAUUUGUCAUGCCACAGAGCUGCCAUUCUCAGGGGCCAAGAUCUUUGUGCCAGCAGCAUCGUGUCACCCCAAUGGAAUCCCACCCACGUGUGGCGCUGGGCAAAGUCUUUUUUGUUAAUGGAUGAGUAAAAUUGCAUCUGGCUUUUGUUGUCAUCACGAGGUAAGUAAGAGGGAUUUGCAUCUCAGCUGGCACACUUUCUGUAGGCAGCUUCCAAGGCUAAUUUCAGGCAGGCUGGCACGAAUAUCCUUCCUUUACACAGAGACUGAGGCUCGGAAGCCUCAUAGGAGUUUUCCAUAGGAAACACCGCCCUGGGUAUCCGUGUGCCAGAUGUGCUCCUAUGGCAUUUCCCUGCACAUCAAUGACCUACUGUUCCAGCACGGAAUCGAUCGGCCUUCUUGUGACGUGUUCUAAAUACUUUGCUGUGAGAUUUGUCAUGUAUAGGCUAGAAAAAUAGUAAUUAAGGCACCUCCAGGUGUAAAACAUCCGCUGAUUCAACGCCGUCUCGGUGAUGUCUGGCCAGGCAGAGCAGUGGUACCACCAUGCCCCUUGGUCAGAACUGUUCUGCAAGGACUCAAGAUCUGUGCCCAACCUCUGGAGGUCGUCUUGUCCAUUAGAGAUUGGAUUUAACUCUGUGUUCAACACAUAUUAAGGAGGGAUCUGUCGUGCAGACCUAACCCCAAGCAUCCUUCAGGAAGUUUUGGGUUGCUGCUGUUUACAGGAAAGCCCCAGGUCCUUCCCAGGCUUUAGGGAAUCGCUUACCUGUGGGAGCAGUGCGGGCACGUACAGAAUGCUGCUUGCUCUUAUGGGCAUGCCGUGAUAUAUUCUGUUCAUGCUACUUGUAUUUCUUCACAGGACAUGCAGAGGGGAUGUUUACUCUGAUGAAAGUCUAGGACUGAUAACAGGAAACCAAGUUCUUUGUACAGCAAAUUGGCCUUGAAUCACAAACCGAUCUUUUUUUUUUUUUUUUUUUUUCAUCAACAGAGAGUAAGACUGUCUGAAACACAGGAACGUGAUGUGUCCUGAAAACAGCGUGGCAUUUGGAGUUGGCUGAGCUCUACCCAAACCUUUGCCAGCCUCAGAACUAUGAAUUGAAUGUCAACCCGAGCAGGUGGCACACGGGCUGGGAAGCCAUCAGGGACAGUUACUUUUUGUCUGUAAAGACAUCUUCUUACCAGUUCAGUUGAUCCAAAGAAGUUACCAGGAAGCUGAAGCUGCUUGUCCCCAUGGGUCGAGCACAGCACUGGGACUCGAGAGCUUCCUGCAUGCCCCAGAGGGGGCAUUUCUGAACUGUAAGUGUCUCACUUCAUUGCAGGAGAGUUGGAGUAGAUGAUCUUUAAAGAUCCCUUCCAACUGAAGUGAUACUGUUAUUUGGUGAUUCUGGGGCUUGGUACACAAAUCUCUCCCUCUCUUCCCUCCUUUAAAAAGUGCUGCCCAUGGGAGAAGGAACACCAUCCUGUGAGCCCUUGCAGAAGCUGCCAUCACGGAACUUUGAUACUGUUGGAUGUCUAUAGAGGCUUCCACAGUGCUCAUAAACAGCAUAAUGGGGUGCAGUUUCAAUAAAAAUCAGUCUUUCCAAAGUCAAGGAGUUCUGCUUGCACCCAUGAAAAGAAGGGUUGCUCUGGUCUAACCAGCCUGGCAUCUGAGACAUUGCUGAGCUCUGCUCACACUUAGAAUCAUGGGAUCAUUAAGGUUGGAGAGGACACUAAGAUCCCCAAGCCCAACCCCAACCCAUCGCCACAGCUGUGGAAUGCCUCCAGGGAUGGUGACCCCACCACUCCCUGAGCAGCUGUGCCACUGCCCAACCGUUCUUUCUGAGAAGAAAUGCUUCUUUAAUAUCCAACCUCGUAUCUCCAGCUGGUGUCUGCUGCAGCUCUUGGGUCAUCGUACCGGACUGGAUGUCACACAGUGGAGGCGCUCACCAUUGCUUUGGGGGCCACAGAACCAGGAAUCAGAGGGGCUUUGGUGGUCCCCUCUGGCAGGAGCAGCACAGGCGGCUCAAGAUGACUUCAGUCUAUCACUGGCUGGCUGGGUUUGCUUCCAGCCCACUCCGUCUGCUUCCUAUGGAGUCAAUGAGCCAAUGGAGCCAGGGGAAUGAUGAAUAGCAUCUCGAGGCCGUGGGACAGGGAGUGGACCUCGUCUGGGUUCUGACAAGGACCUCAUCUGGGCACUGAACUGCCUGCAGAGCAGCCUGCAGCGGGCAGGAGGCCACACAAGGGAAACCCCAAACUACCUUGGGGUCCUUCCAUGGCGGUGAAUCAGCACAGGCUCCAGACAUGAGGAAGGUAUGGGUAAGCGUGGCGGCUGGACAAAGCCUUGCUGCCUCCAGCAGCCAAGCAUUUCCUUUGGCUUGCGGUCAUCUGGCUGUUACCUGGCUUCCCUGCCGA